CAUCCGGGGCCCUGUGGCCGCGGCACGGUUGCCAUGGCAGCGGGGCUGCUGGCAGGCCUCCCACGCUAAGGGCCGAUCUCGCAUCGCCCAGGAGGCCGCGCAGCGCCGCCACUAUGAGUCAGGGCACCGCGGAUCUAGCCUCGGAGACGGGAGAUGACAGUCUGUCUGCAAUUACCUUUGAUUCCGACUUUGAGACGAAAACGAAAAGGAAAGGUUUCCACAAACCUCCUUCCACAUCACCAAAGUCACCUUAUUACUCCAAGCCCAAAAAAGUGACAUCCUGGCGGUCUUUGAAGACAGCAGGGAGCAUGCCUCUGAGCAACAGAAUGUCCUUGACCCCACAGAAGCUGUGGCUGGGAACCUCGAAGCACGGUCACGUCUCUGGAAAUUCUGUCUACAGAGAGAAAGAGGACAUGUAUGACGAGAUCAUCGAGUUGAAGAAGUCCUUACAUAUGCAGAAAAGUGAUGUGGAUCUGAUGAGAACAAAGCUUCGGCGCUUGGAAGAGGAGAACAGCAGAAAGGAUCGGCAGAUAGAACAGCUUUUGGAUCCAGGUCGAGGCCCAGACUUUGUGCGAACCCUGGCCGAGAAAAGGCCUGACACUGGUUGGGUUAUCACCGGGCUCAAGCAAAGAAUCUUCAGGCUGGAGCAACAGUGCAAGGAAAAGGACAACGCUAUCAACAAACUGCAGACGGACAUGAAGACCACCAACCUGGAGGAGAUGCGCAUCGCCAUGGAGACAUACUACGAAGAGAUCCAUCGUCUGCAGACCCUCCUGGCGAGUACUGACGCCUCAGGAAAGAAGCCCAUAGUGGAGAAGAAGCUGGGUGUGAAGAGGCAGAAGAAGAUGAGCAGCGCCCUGCUGAACUUGACCCGGAGCGUUCAGGAACUGACAGAGGAGAAUCAGAGCCUGAAGGAGGACCUGGACCGCAUGCUGAGCAAUUCCCCCACUGUCUCCAAAAUAAAAGGUUACGUAGACUGGAGCAAGCCCCGGCUGCUGAGGCGCAUCGCAGAGUUGGAAAAGAAAGUGAGUUCUGCAGAAAGCCCAAAGUCAUCUACUUCAGAGCUGGUCAAGCCGAAUCCCCUAGUCCGCUCCUCUUCCAACAUCUCAGUGCAAAAGCAGCCGAAAGAGGACCAGUCCAAAGAGGACCAGCCCAGAGAGGAUUCGCCUGAGGACCAGGAGCAUCUCCGAGGAACCCUGAAGAUCCUGAAAGGGGAGCGGAGCACACUGCAGGCCCAGCUGCUGGAGAAAGAUGUGGAGAUGAAUAAGUUGCUGCAGGCCAAGAUGGACUUGGAGAAGGAGCUGGAGUUGGCCAGAGAAGGCGAGAAGGAGAGACAGGAGCAGGAGCGGGCUUUGAGAGAGGAAAUUGAAGCACUCACCAACAAGUGUCAAGAACUGGAAGAAGCUAGGAGACAAGAGAGAGACUCUACUGUAGCAGUCACCCAGGAGGCCCACCCAGAGCUCCACGCAUCAUCACCCUGCAGUGGUCACUCUAAGCCAGACUCUGACGGUGAGCCCAGUUCCCACAACAGUACCGGCCAGGGGGCUGUCUCCCAACCACCCACCCUAUGCUCCGAAGAGAGGAGGGAUGCUGCCGUCAGAACCCUGCAGGCCCAGUGGAAGGCCCACAGACACAAGAAAAGAAAAGCAGCUUUGGAUGAGGCAGCAACUGUGCUCCAGGCGGCCUUCAGAGGACACCUAGCUCGUUCGAGGCUGUUACGAAGCAAAGCCCUGGCCUCCAGGUCUCCCAGCCUGCCGGACCUUCCCAGCAGUCCCAGCCAGCUGCAGAGGUCUCCCACACCUCGUGUCCCAAGCCCCAUCUCCCCGCCUGAAGACAGUCCAGUACAAGAGGAAGCCAUUACUGUCAUCCAGUCCAUCCUCCGGGGAUACCUGGCCCAGGCCAGGUUCAUUGCCAACUGUUGCAGAGGGAUGGAAGCCUCAUCUCAGAGGAGAGCUGUCUCAACCACGCCCUCAGAAUCCACCUCCCCACCCUCCCUAGCAGCUUCUCCUGGAGCAAUAAGAGUGGGGCUCUGUCCCAAGGAGGAGCUGAGAGAGACCGCUGCAAUUGAACCUGCCCCCUCUCAACCCUCAGCCCCCAACUCCCCCCAGGGUGGCCACUGGGACUGUCCACCCCCUUCUGGUCUAGAGGCUGUGCCUCUGUCCAGUGUCAAGGAUGUCAUAUGCUUGGAUGUAUGUGAGGAAAGGAGCAGCAGUGCCGCAAGUACUCAGCCAUCCCUGGUGGCGUCCUCUUCCCCAGGACUGCAGCACAUGUCACCACCCCCUGUGGAGGAUGUCUGCUCCGAUGACUCGGAUGACAUUAUCUUUUCGCCAUUUCUGCCCAGGAAGAAAAGCCCCUCCCCAUUCUAGGACCCCAGUCAUUGCCUCCGGGUGAGGUGGCUGUGGGGACAGGUUAGAGGACUCGCUAACUGAAUUUUAGAAGAUGACCUAUCUUGCUAGGGAAAGAGCCCUGCCUCAGGAACACCUCAGCCAUCAGUUUUCUUAUGUGUUGUGCCUGUGCCUGGUGGCUCUAUACUGCUCUCUGGGAAGGGUGGGCAGCCGCCUCCCACUUCCUUCUCUGGUUGCAGCCCAUGUGUUUCCAGUGCCCACAGAUAUGUGCACUCUUAAGUCAGGGCAGCAAGGAGACCUGCAAAGGCAAGAACUCUUGCAAUGUCUACCACCUGCCCUUGACCCUGGCAUUGUCAGCUGCCGUUGAGAUACAGCCUUCCUCGUCCUGUGCUGCCUAGUGCCUUACAGAUCACACAACUAAGUCUCCUGUUCCCAUAGCAGAAUGCAGUCAUCUCAAAGUCAACAAGAAGCUAUGGACAUCAGGGUCCCCAACCAAGCCCCUGUCCCAUGAGCUCCUUGUUCCCCUUUCUGUAUUCUCCCAUCCCUUCCAUCCCCUCCUGGGAGAAUGAACUCUUGGAAAAGCACCAGGCAGUGGCACACUGAGUGGCAUAGCAGCUAUUGAGAGGCAACAAGAUGACAGAUACACAGGUCACCCAGAGACAAGGCAGAGAGCAAGGCCAGGAGGCAGCCCACCAUCCCAGAGGAGAUAAGUCUCAGGGAAGAACAAAUUCCAAUGUAGACCUAGGGACAGCCCUGUCACCUGGGUAUGCAGAGGCAUCUGCAGGCCACCAGUGCCACCUGGACCACACAGUAGCCAGUAGCUUGAGAUAUUGGUCCCUUGUUUGUGAACUUAGCCACUGUCAGUGGGUGAGAAUGAGGAGCUUUGGAGUUAGACAGGGUUUUAGAGGUAUCCAGGCUCCAUGUACUCCAGGUCUGCUGCCCAAGUUUCCCUGCUAGAGUGCCUGUGGGACUGGCUGCCUGCAGUAUCCAUAGAUCAUUGGGGAUGGGACUUCCAGACCCCAUGGGACUGGCUUUUGUCUUAGGAAAAAACCUAAUGCUACAAGGUUCCUCCUUAGACUGGACUAGUAAGGACACCAAGAGAUUUGCUCUUAGGGACCAUUUAAUCCUGGCCAUCCUCCACAAAACACCUGCCUGAUGCUGCACACAGCAGCCUGGACAUGAGAACCUCAGGAUGGGCAUGAGAACCUCAGGAUGGGAGCUAGGCUUGACAGCCAGAGGCCAGGAAGAGGGAGCCCAACGUUGUCUACCUACCCAGUAAGUGCCCCUAAUACUGGGAUGGGACCAGGCACAGCUGUCUAGCCCUUUUCUCCACCAGGAGGCAAAAAGCAACUCGGCUAGGUCCCUACUAGCUCAGUUUUUUAUGCACUUGGUCUUUGGGCUGACUGCCAAGUUAGUUUUCUUCCCCUUGAACUGAUGGUAAUUUUACCAAAUGGCAGCCGACUGGAACCCUCUAGAUGUAUCUGCUUCCCUACCACAACUUGUGUGUGUUCCUGUAAUUGAUACCACCACUUGAAGCUUCAGACCCACCCACAAAGGCACAAGUAGGUGUCUAUGGGUGGCCCUCAAGUGCCAGGGGUCCUUAUAUGGCUACUCUGUUUCCUCUUAUUUAACACUAGCCAUUGGUGCAUUGACUGUUGAGAGUGAACAAACAGUCAGGAGUUCUAUGUUGGUGGGGGAUGCAGGGUGGGAACGUUCAUUUUGGCUGCCCCCAUCUCAGGAAAAGGGGCAGGGUCUAUAUGUCUAAGGCUGACCUUAGACACCCAGCCUGGCCAGCGGACAGUGAGGUCAAGAUCAGCCCCUGCACUUGAGUUUUCUGAGAACAAGCCCCUGAAAACAGGAGAGCUAUACACCCCCUGAUCUUUGGUGCAGCCGCUAAUCUAUUAAAGGUAAACCUGUCUUGACACUA